UCCAGGAUCGAUCCGGGGCACGCGUUUACCCGAGCGGCCGAACCCAUUUGCCUCCUAUAAAAAUCAUCCCCACCGGCCACAGGAAACCGAUACAGGGAAACCGGAAGAGGAUCAUCAUCGAGAUCGACCGACUCUUCUUCAAAAUCAUCAAAAGCUCAGUUGAGUUCUUCGAUUGGAUAGUUUGGUGGUGCGACAAUGGGAGGAGGCAAAGACCAGCAUGACGAGAGCGACAAGGGGCUCUUCUCCAACAUGAUGCACGGUGUCGCUGGUGGCCAUGGAUACCCGCCCAGUGGCCACGGGUACCCACCGCAGCAGGGAUACCCUCCGCAGCAAGGCUACCCACCUCAGCAAGGUUACCCACCUCAGGGAUACCCUCCUCAGCAAGGGUACCCACCUGCACCUGGAGCUUACCCACCUGCACCGGGGGCGUACCCUCCUCAGCACGGAUACCCUCCACAGCAGCAUGGCUACCCACAGCCAGGUGGCUAUCCUCCUGCUGGUUACCCAGGCUCGUCUGCACCACACCAGGGUUAUGGUGGUAGCCACAGCGGAGGUGGUGGACACAUGGGAACGAUGCUAGCUGGAGGUGCAGCCGCUGCUGCCGCCGCUUACGGUGCUCACAAGCUCUCUCACGGUGGUCACGGUGGACACAUGGGAGGCGGGCACAUGAUGGGAGGAGGGCACAUGGGAGGCUAUGGUGUCGGGCAUGGUGGCUAUGGAGGCCACCAUGGUGGCAAGUUCAAGCACGGGAAGCACGGCCACGGCAAGUUCAAGCACGGCAAGCAUGGCAAACACGGCAUGUUCGGCGGCGGCAAGUUCAAGAAGUGGAAGUAAUGAGCUUUGCCAUGGCUGAUCAAUACCUGGAACUGAAACUGUCUUGUGUAGGUGGUUGGGUAAAGCCUCUGCGAUGUAUCUAAGCUUAAGCUUGGGCGGUGUGGUAUCUCCUGUGGAGCUUCCCUCCUCCCCUCUUUUCAAGUAAUUUGGUACUCUAGUUUGCGUCUUUGUCUGGACGACAAGAUGGUUUGCUAAUAAGCAUACAGCUAAUCACUCUGCUAUUCCGUGUGUUGUGCUGUUCAUAUAUGAUCUUUUCUGAGGGCUA